AUGUCCCGCCGCCGCGCACCAGCGCCAGCCACCGCGGGCAUCCCGCCCUCAGCCGCGCUCCGGCCGCCGCGCCCGCCGGCGCCGCGCCCGCGUGGCGCCGACGUGUUCGUCCGGCUGGUUCUGGCCGAGAACCUCAUGGCCGAGCUGGCGGCCAUCCACGCCCUCCUGCCGCGGUACCCCUACGUGACCGUCCACGCGGAGCACGGCGCGGGUGGCGACGACGGCGGCGAGGACGGCCGCGUCAUCCUCCCCCCCUGCGUGCGCCUGGGGGACCUCCCGGCCGCGGCGCGGUACGCGCUCGCCAAGAUCGACGUCGACGCGUUCCCGCUCCUCCAGCUCGGCAUCACGCUCUGCGACGCGCACGGGCGGCUCCCCGCGCUGCGCGCCCCCUGGGGCGCCACCGCCGAGUCCGUCUGGCAGUUCGCCGUCUUCCCCGGCCGCGACACCUCCUCCGGCGGGAGCGGGGCGGCGACGAUGACCCUGAGGACCCUCGCGUACGCCCUCUUCGCCUCCGGCGUCGUCUCCCCGGGGACGUGGGGCAGGGUCACGUGGGUCGCGCACGGCGGGCUCUACCACCUCGGGUUCCUCCUCAAGGUCCUCACCGGCGGCGCGCCGCUGCCGGAGACCAAGGAGGAGUUCCUGGCGGCGCUCAGAGGGUACCUCGGCGGGAAGGUGUUCGACGUGAGGUACCUGGCGGCGCGGCUCCCCGCGAGUGUGAGCCUCAAGGGCCCGCUCGCGUACCUGGCGGCGCUGCUCGGCGCGCCCGCCGCGGCGGCGAGGGAGCCGUGGCAGGCCGGGGAGAAGAGCCUCGCCGCGUGCCAGGUGUUCAUGCGGAUCAAGGGGCUCUUCUUCGCGUGGGACGGCGUGGACAUGCACGCCGGCCGCAUCCACGGCCUGCACACGCCGCCGCCGCCGCCGUCGAGCUGA